UCACUCCACCUUCUGCCUUUCGACAUCAAGGCAGAUAUGGCAGAGUAACUCGAAGUAAUACUAGCUUUUGUUCAACUAGGUUACUUUUACCCCGCACUUAACGCGAGAAACCAAGAAGAAAAAGCAACCCUCAAGAUGAAUAUGAUGCAGACCACGAGACGCGUUAUGAGUUACAUGUUUCCACAAAAUGGAGUCGUGGACGGCUCGGUGCACUGCGGCUCUCCCCCCGUUGCCACUGCUGCUGCGGCGACCUUGGACCCAGUAAACGGCAACAGCGCGGCCGCUAAGCAGCGACCGAGCGCCCUAGAAUUAGUCUCUAAGGGCACCUUAGCCACCAUGAACCUCCACAACCACAGCAGCGACGUGGAAGGCAGCGACGGUUCACCGCCGGAUACGCCGGACUCCCAGGAGCCUCCCAACGGCAACUACCGCGAAGACGCGAUGGACUCCGAGACCAAGACCCUCAUUAGCCGCUUCCUUACAGACUUUACCGGCCUGUCGAAGGCUCGUUGGAACGAAAGCAAGGCGCAUUCUACCAUGAAAAGAGUCGUGGCGAGCGUUUUGGAAAAGCACAAGUACAAAUACAAUGGUAUCGUCAACAAAUUGUCUCUGGACGACCGAGGGGACGAUGUGGGUUUUGUCAGUGAGGUGGCCAAGAGCCUGUUUUCGGACGGAACCACCAACUGGGGUCGUGUGGCCAGCCUGGUGGCCUUUGGGGCCGCCGUGUCCCAGUACCUGAAGGAAAAGGGCCAGGCCCACUGUGUGGAGGCCGUGGCCGAGGAGAUCUCUUCGUAUCUGCUGUCGCACCAGCGCAACUGGCUGGUGAAUAACAACUCUUGGGAUGGCUUUGUAGAAUUCUUCCGGGAAGCCGAUCCUGAGUCAACAAUGAGGAACACUUUAAUGGCAUUUGCUGGAGUGGCUGGCAUCGGUGCCACAUUGGCCCUGUUGAUCAGGUGAAUUUGUUGGACUCUUAAAAGACUGUUUUUGAAACAACAUUGAUGCUGGAACAUGUACAAGCAACGUCCACGUUCCCCUUGGACACGAAAAGAUGGAAAUUAAGUCGCCGUUUAUGACAGCUGAGCGGUCCGACCUACGAUUUAGUGUUUUCUCCGACGCGUCCCAACGGGUUGACUUCGUCCAGCAAUUAGCAAAUAUUUAAUUUACAAAGAAAUUUAUUUUUUCUAAUAGAUGUAAAAUAUAUUUCACGCAAACUUUUGAUUUUGUGCUUGUUUUUUUUUUUGGAUUGAGUUAAAUUUGCGGGUUGAAGACGUUUUAACUGCACCCAUAGUUGUAAGAAUUUGUAGCAGAAAGCACCCGCCACAUCUUCCGUGCACGGCAAAACGACGAUGAAACUCAUAAGUCUCAUUCCGGAACAAUCCAGCAUUGUGAGUGGAGCUCGGAACAUUUGCAUCGGUGUCGCUCGGCGGUUCCCCUCACGUCAGAUCAGCGCCAAGAACCGAAGCACAGCAGAACUUUGGGAAGUACGGUGCCCUGGAAACUUUUGAGUCUCGCGCAAGAACAUUGUUAAGGACUGAGUUCAAAGAGCGUUAACAAAAACAAAAUCUUGAAGACGAUGGGUCUUGGGCAAUGGCGCUGGCACGUGUUCACCUGUAAGCCAUCAGGAGAAUGUGGAGGUGGAAAAGUUGGUUUAGUUAAUAAAAA